UUCAACCUCUAGUCAUAUUAGCACUAACACAAUGCUUGCUACCGAUCCUCGCGUCCUCAAUGGCGAUCGUGCCAUCACUGAUGAUGGCGCAGGGCUUGGAAACUCGUCAUACUCAUCAAGGCGCAGAGCGAUGCUCGACACUGCGAGCAGUUUGUAUGAUACAGGCGUUACGAUGGACAUAGAGAUCCCCAUGAUUGGGGUGCUUGGCAUACAGAGCUCGGGAAAGUCUUCGCUCAUCGAGUCCGCCUCGGGCAUCACGCUCCCGCGCGCCAGUGGGACCUGCACCAGGUGCCCGACUGAGUGUCGUCUACGUCAAUCGUCCAAUCCUUGGCAAUGUACCGUAUCCCUUCGAUUCUCGACGAAUGGCAAUGGCGAGCCUAUCCCGGUGCGCACCGAGGGAUUCGGCGACACGAUCUACAACAAGGAUGACGUGGCGGAGAGGGUCAGCCGCGCUCAACGUGCGAUCCUGCAUCCCAGCAAAAACCCUGAGUCCUUCCUCGAGGAAGACGAGGAAGAUGCUGGCAAGCCCGAGCUAACGUUCUCGAAGAACUGUAUCGUGCUCGAAAUCAGCGGGCCAAACGUACCUGACUUGUCUUUUGUGGAUCUCCCUGGUAUCAUUUCGAGCGUUGGCAGCGGUGAAGAUGCGCGCGACAUUGAGUUGAUCAAGGAGCUCGCAUCCGACUUUGUGUCGAAGGAUAACUGCAUCAUCCUUUUGACCAUCGCCUGCGAGACUGACUUUAUGAACCAGGGCGCGUACCAGCUCGCAACGAAGUUUGAUCCCCGGCACGAGCGCACUAUCGGGGUUCUGACGAAACCUGACAAGAUCGACAGAGGCGAUGAGGACACGUGGCUCCGGAUUCUGAGGAACGAAGACCCCGAGCGACGCCUGAAGCACGGCUGGUACAUGGUCAAGCAGCCUGAUACGAUGCAGCUGAGGAUGGGCAUCACUUGGGAGGAGGCUCGGCAAAGCGAGAAGAAGUUCUUCUUGUCCACCCAGCCAUGGGCGGCGCAGUCGCUGUCCAUCCAGAGGCACCUCGGAACGGAACUCUUGACGCAGCGAUGCGGCGACGUCCUGUCCGAUUUGAUCGCCACAAAGCUCCCAGGGAUCCGGGACACGAUCUAUAAAACUUUGCAACAGACGGAGGCACAGCUGAAGGAGCUGCCGGGAGAACCAUCCAAAGACCCCGUUGGCGAGGUAUACAAGCUCAUCGGCAGGUUUUCCAAGGGCUUGUCGAGCUACCUCGAGGGAACUCCAGGCCCGACUGGCCUGCUACAGUUAAUUCGGCCGAACCAGCAGGAUUUUCGGAAGGCGAUCCGCUCAACGGCACCGGACUUCAGGCCGUAUGAGAGACCUGCUGAUGGAUCGGAACCAGAGGCAGGUGUGUCGCCGGACUUCCUCGCGAACGAGGAGAUGCCGUAUACCCCGCCCACUGCAAAACAGGCCAUAUAUAUCAACGAAGUCAUGGAGCAAAUUGCGCUGGCGAGGACGCGCGAGUUGCCAGAUUUCUUCCCCUUCGAGGUGAUCGCGGAGUAUGUUCACGCCAUAGUCAGCAAGUGGCGAGAACCGACGCUGCAGCUCUUUGACAAGAUUGAAAGUGUCCUCAAUGGCAAGGUCAAAGAGUUCGUCAACGAGGAGUUUGCGCAGUAUCCAUUGUUGCUCAGUCAAGUCACACUUGUUCUCACAGAGCACAUCUCGUCUUGUUCGGAGGUGGCAAAAGAGCGCCUUGAUUGGCUUCUGGAGAUCGAGCAGAGGCCACGAACUUGGAACGAACAUUACUAUCGCGACUACCGUGAAAAGUUUCUGACGCACUACAAGGGCUCGCGGCCAGAAUAUAGCAACAUGCCUCUCUUGCAGAAGUUGAAGUCGCAUGAAGCUGCACCUGACUCGGACUCGUCUCUGGCUGAGAGCAUUAGCAAAAUCACUGCAGGCUUCAGCGAGAUCGGAAUACAUGGAGUCAAGCCUGCCGACUUGCCGAAGGUUCUGCCGUCUGACCCGUGCGAGGCCGCGAUCAGCAUCAUGGCGAGCGUCCGUGCGUACUUCCAAGUGGCGUACAAGCGCUUCGCAGACAACGUCCCCAACGCAAUCGAUCACGAGCUGAUCCUCGGGCUCAACCGCGAGCAGGCUGUGGUAGCGGUCCUGCGUGAGACCUUGGGAGUGGGCGGCCCAGACGGUUUCAGGCUAUGCUCGGAAUAUGUGAAAGAGGAUAGUGUGAUCGCGUUGCGUCGAGAGGAGCUGAAGCACAAGAGGGAUAGGCUGCUGAAGGCGCAAAAGGCGCUUUGGAACUUGCAAACUCCUAUUAUAUGAUGCUAUUCCUGUGUACCGUAGAUACAUUGUUAGAAUUGACAGAUGUUUGCC